UUUAAAUCAUAAAAGAUUUUUUAUUUGAGCAGGCAUCGCUCUUGGUUUUAAUAUGCCAGAAGGAGAAAAAUUGCAUCACAUUGAUCUAUUAGAUUUAAAUGCCAACACGAAUGUUGACGAGACCGUACAUCAGAUAAAUAAGGUACAGAACAAAAUCAUUGAAGAAAUAUUGAACCCACUUCCAACAUCAGAUUUAAAUUCAACAGCUAUAGCAACACCGAUUGCAGAUAUGAAAAAGGGCGAAUUAGCUAAGGACAUUCUUACCACAGACUUGGAAACAUCAAAUAUUAAAAUAAGUGGCACAAUGAAUGUUUUGCACUGGAACACAAACAAUGUGGAUGAUAGCAGUUGUGUACUGAGACGUGCUGUAAAGAAAUUGCAACGAAGACUGCGGGAACCGAUGGAUAAGAAAUUCUACUUACAUAAGAGCAUCACUUCGCAUAUCUUGCCAUUGACGAACGUAAGUUUCGAUAGAACUGGUGAACGUGUUGUGACUGGAAGCUAUGACAGGACCUGCCGAAUUAUAAACACUAAUACGACUGAAGUAGAGCAUGUGCUAACUGGACAUGACAAUGUAGUAUUCGCAGUUGCCUUUAACUAUCCCAAAACCGACUUAGUACUAACGGGUAGUUUUGACGCAACUGCAAAGAUUUGGAACACCAAAACUGGCCUAUGUCAGAGUACACUUUACGGACACUCGGCUGAAGUAGUAGCAGCUGAAUUUGACCCUGCUAGUGGUAUGUCAUUGACUACAGCCUCAAUGGAUGGCAUUGCUCUCAUAUUCGAUGUCGAGACUUCUUUGGAAAAGCAAAGCUUCGAAGUGCAUAAAGCUGGUGUUAUUGCAAGUAGGUUUAAUCGUGAUGCAAAUUUACUGCUGACUGCUUCAUUCGACAGCACUGCAGUUCUAUGGGAUAUACGAGCAAAUAGCAUUGCCGCACAGCUACGUGAGCACACAGAAGAACUCAGUAAUUGUAAAUGGAAUUUUCCUUGCAAUCUCAUAGCCACUGGUUCAUUGGACAACACAGCUCGCAUAUGGGAUGUGCGACGACUGGACAGAAGCCUUUUCAUCAUCGAUGCUCAUAACGAUGAAGUGUUAGAUUUGGCGUUUGAUUCCGUAGGAAGGCAUUUAGCCACUUGCAGUAGUGACACUACAGCACGAGUCUGGAAUCUAAACGGCGAAUUGAAAUCUAUUUCUCUUAUGCAGGGCCAUGUGGACGAAAUUUCAAAGGCAAUUAAGUUAUAUAAUAAAUUAAUGCAUAUCUUAAUAUUUUGUUUCAUUAUUGCUUAGGUAUGUUUUAGUCCAGCUGGUAGUUUAUUGCUGACUGCUUCUGCAGAUCACACAGCACGUUUGUGGUAUACGGAAACUGGCAAUUGCGCGCAAAUCCUACCAGGACAUAAAUCGGAUGUGUUUUCUUGCGCUUUUAGCUACACAGGUGAUAUGAUUGUAACAGCAUCUAAGGAUAAUACUUGUCGUUUGUGGAGAUGACUUGAUUGGUAUACGGUCAAUUUUAAUGCAAGCACAGAAAGCAACUCAUGAUAUUACACAAAACGUUGGAGUACAAUUAGGUGUGAUGUUAUUCUGCUUAACACGAAGAAUAUUAUAUUUCAGGCAUAGUAAGAAUAGUAAGAAUUAUAAACACUCACAUGGAAUUUUCUCAAA